AUGAAACGACCCUCGUGUGGCCAAUGCCAAAGAUCUGGUAUAACAUGCUCCGGCUAUCAGAAAGAGUUCAUCUUCCUGAACAGCACUACGCAAGAAGCCCAGGACGGCUCCUUGUCGCUCGAGAAGGAGAGCUACUCAGCGGGAACUAGAACAAGGAACCCAACAACUGCGGGUUCCGCCGCAUCGAGGGCAGCCGCUACCCGUACAACUCCGGUCGUUCUCCACGCAACUCUUGAGCGCAGUGCCUACGAAAAUAAUGUCAUUGAUGAAUUUUGGGCAUCAUAUCUGCCUAACGGGUGUGCCCCCUCAGAAGAGGUCAUGAAGUACUCCACGUAUGGCUGGACCAGCGUGGCACAAAAUUUACACACAGAGAACCCUAUGAUUCGAGUUGCCCUAUUAGCCAGUGCCUUGGGAAUGAUAGGCAGGCAGAGAAACGACGCGGAAUUUUUCCAGCAAAGCCGCAAAGCCUAUGGAAAGACUCUGUUGGCCGUGGAGAAGUCACUCCGCGAGCCCGGCAAGCAUGAACCCCAUGUUGUCUUGACCGCACUCCGACUUGUUAGCUUCUACGAGGAAGUUAUGACUAACAAAGCCCAGUUGUGGUUUGGGUCAGAUGGGGAUGGCUCAGCGGCUCAGUAUCAUAGACUCAUGGCCCACACGAACGGUACCAUGGCGUACUUGCUUACCAAAGGCCCCGACACAUUUUCAGCAGACUGUGCCCAUCAAUUAUUUUCAGAAUUUCGGUUGUCGCAGGUCGUCGCCGGAUUACAUGCGCACAAGGCCAGCCCGCUUGCUAGUGACGAAUGGAAAAAGAUUCCAUGGAGCCAAAUACCCAAGAACCCCAGGGAUACCCUGUUUGAUAUCAUGCUCGAGUUUCCGGGGCUAUUUGAAGAAAGUGACCGCAUCAAGGCUCUGGGUGAUGGUAAUGAACAGCUGGCACAUGCUCAGUGGCUACUUAGAGAAAAGUGCUACAGGCUCCACGAAGACUUGCAAGCAUGGGCCGAAAGAGAUGGAAAGGAGGCUCUCGAACUAGCAGAGUUAGUGGAUUGGGAAGAAGCUGAUACAGCCAGUUCCACCACCUCUUCAGAAGAGUUCGCUAUGGGCCACCUCCUCAUGCUCCACCAUGCCUCCCGAAUCAUCCUGUAUGAUGCAUUACGCUCUCAGACUGGAAGCAACGUGGAAGCUAUACCCGACUACGUUGACCCGCGGCUCUAUUGCCGCAAGAUGGGGAAUUUUAUACCCUUUUUCCUAGCGCCCAAUGCUGGCUCUGUCUUCCUCGAUAUGACGGUAUUUCCCAUCACAGUCGCUCUCGAUUACUUGAGUAGGAACGAGGAGAAGGAACCAUCGACUGAGAAGCUUCUGCUCCUUCGGGCUUUCCAAGGCCAUAUCGGCACAGUCGCCUCAUUGCUGUUAACAAGCUACCAGAGAACACGGAAGACGGAGGGAAGACCUAUCCUAGAGUAG